ACAUGCGGAACUUGUCAUCGUGAAGGCGCCAACUGUAAACUUUGUUUACCUUUGUAGGGUGCAUGAGACCGUAUUAGUAUUACAAUGGAGCUUGUGGAUGGCAAGAGAACUCGAAAACCUGUCAGUUAUGCUGUACUGGACUGUUCAGAUGAUGAUGAUUUCUCCGAAUUUACCCCUCCAGUUAAAAAGAAGAAGGAUGGUCAUGACAAUCUUGAAAAUUCGUCAUCACUGAGUAAUAAAAGUGACAAAGAUAUAUGUAACAGUAGCCAGGAGUCCAGUAGUGAUCAUGGCAAAGAAAAAGAUAGAGAAAAGAGGCGUGACAAGGAGAGGGAUGAAAAACGCAGGGAUAGAGACAAGGAUAAACGAGACAGGGAUCGUGAUAGGAGAGACAAAGAUCGAGAUAAACACAAAAAAAAAGAUAAGCACAGAGAUAAAGAUCGGAGCAGAGAGAGCAGAGAAAAAUCUAGUUCUGAAGAAGAGAGACGUAAGCACAAGAAAGAUAAAAAGCAUGACAAAAAAGACAAGAAGAGGGAGGAUAAAGAAAAAGAAAGAAUUAAUAAAGCAGAAGACGACGACUCUGAUUUUAAAGACAGUGUUUCUUCACCUAAGUCCAACAGUCGUGAUUUUAAAGACAGUGUUUCUUCACCUAAGUCCAACAGUCGCAUUGUGACUUCUACGCAGAUUUCUCCAGGGAGAGCAUCUCCAAAAAAACGAUUGACCGUUGAAGAGAGAAUGUUUCAGAGAGAACUUGAAGCUGCACUAGCCAUUUCCAAGAUUGAAAUGAGUGAAUCUGCCGACAAACAAGACUUACCAGGAAAGGAAGGAGAGGCAGACAUAGCUGGGAAGAAUGUAAGUUCUGGGAAUUCCAGUGAUAAGGAAAUUCACAGAAGUCUUGAUGUGAAUAAGCUAGAUUCAGAGGACACAAAAGACAUUUCCAAAGAAGAAAAGAACGAAGUACAAGGAGUGGCCACUGAUAACACUGUAUGCACAGGCAAAGAGAAAGCGGAUGAAGAAAAUAGAACUGUCACUAAAGAGGGUAAUAAUAUGCCAGAGAGGUCUGCCAGUACAGUGUUUGAAAUGGAAGAAUCUGAGCCUUCAACGUCGACUGGGAUGACAAGUAAAAGACAAAGGAAGAAAGUUGUCUUUUUCGAAGAAAGUGAUUCUGAAAGUUUUGAUGGCUUUGAUACAUGUGAGAUGUCAGAGGAGAGUGACUUUGCGCCAAGCCCUGUGAAAAAGAAUGGAAGGAAAGCUAAGGAAACUAAGAAAGCCAAACUUCCAAAAUCUCCUAAAGGAUUAGUCAAGGAACAGAAUAUGAAAAGCAGUCCUGUAAAAUCUCCAGGUAGACCGAGAUCAACAGCAAAGCAAUCUGUAAAAGAAAAUACUAUGCCAGUUGUAAAUGGGACAUCUUCUCCAAGAGUGGUUUCUUCCACUAUUGCAAAACCACCAGAAAUCAAAUCGCCUGUUGGAAAGGUGGUUAUUAAAUCAACCCCAAGAACACCAGAGGUGAAACAAGAACGAAAGACAAAAACUGUCAGCCGUAUUAAUACUCCGCCAACAGUAGUGGAUGCCUCAAAAGUUUGCACUGCUAAGGUUCCUUUCCGAAGUCCUGUUCAGUCUUCCAGUACAGCUACACCAAACUUCGUUCCAAAAUCACCUAAUCCAAUGCAAAGAAUAGGAGUUCGAUUAGGACUUUCAAGAACAAAUUUCAAACCACUACAUCCCAAGGCAAUAGCCAAAUGAAUUGGUGUGGAAUUCUUUCGUCAUACGUGAAAUGUAUACUGAAAUGUACAUUGUUUCAUGUCUUUUGUAUUAUAACUAAUUUUAAUGUUUUGUAAAUUAUCUGGUUUGAAAGACAUGAUAUUGGGUAGUUUAGGUACGUGGUUCUUCAUGUAUAAGUUAUAUGCAUGACUGUUGAUGCAUGUGAAUAUGCAUAUCUGGGUUUUAAAUGGGAAUGAAUUGUAUUUUUGCAAAUUUUGAUAGUGUGGAGUGAAGGAUAAACGAGAACUUAUUUUUCUUCAGUGCAAUUUGAAAGUGCACAAGGAUCUCUUCUUAAAGCACUGCCACAAUGUAUGUAGAGUUUUUUACAUCAAAUUUAAAAAUAAUGGACUGUAUCAUUUAAGAACAUUUUUUAACAAGGGCUAGAGAAAAUAUUUGAAGACAGACAGGGUAAUAAAAGGUACCUGAUCUUUGCAAACACAUUACAGUCCUCAGUUCCAUAUUUUGUAUAUUUGAUAUUUACUAUUCAGUCAUUGAGAACUGGUGCCAGGAAUACUUAAGACAACUUUAUUACAGUUGUUCAGCUUUAAAGUGUGCAACAUUUGAAGCUAUAAGUACAUAAUAUUUUUAUCUUUUAUCAACUUACAUAAGGUUUGCUUAUUGUAAAACCCAUGUUCCACAAUUAAUAUUGGGGACUAUGAUGUUACUGAGACUGAUGCAAAACUUAUUGGAGUGUGCUUUUGAAAUGGUUAAGCUUUGUUCUUUUGUGGCAGCAUGUAUAGUAUUUUCAUUCUGCAAUAAACUUACUUUGUUCAUCAUGUAGUAGAAGGAAUGAUGUUCUCCUCAAGGAAUUUGUUACUGCAAAUGUGAAAAAAUUUCCCUUGGGUAACCAGUUUUUCUAUAUAAAAGUAUUGAUUCUUUUACUUACAAAAUUAUUAGGCAUGGAGAGAAUUAUUUUAGCAAAAAUGUUAGAUUAUUUUAUUAUAUACUUCACAUAUUUC